AUGCCCCCAACUAUCGCCUCUCCGCUCCGCAUGCUCCUCCUCUCCACACCGGAAACACCUCCUUCCUUUCUCAAAGGUGUCUCCCAUUACGAGAUCCGGACGCCCUACUACAAUGCCGCCAUCCCCAUCUGGCGGGACGAACUCCCCACUUCUUCACCCGAACUCGAGGCGUGGAAGGAAGAAUGGCUGGGGCAAGAAGCGGGCGAAGUGGUACAAGCAGUAGGAGCAUGGAUUGUAUGUUUCAGGAAGCCUAAGGAAAAGGCAGAUCUGGAUACAACACGGAAUCUACUAGCCACAAUCCACGAGGUGGUGAGCAAUCACACGAGCUCUGGCUAUGGUACAAGUGAACCUCUGCUGCUGGCAGUGGGCACGCAGCAGACGAUAAGUCCUGGUCUGGAGGUUACUAAUGAGGAGUGGGAGAAUCUUUGCAUGGACUGUGGAUCUUGGGAAUGGAUUGAUGGGGAGCUGGAUGGGAAAGUGGAAUGGAAAGGAGAAGGCAAGAAGGAGAGAAACGAGUUUGGAGAGAGAAGAGGUAUCGAGCGACUGAAGGAAGCGCUCGAAGCAUGCGAGUGGGAGGGUGUUGAUGUGGACAACAUAUCUGACGACCUGGGAUUGGAGAAUGGCUUUAGCGCCGAGACAGCGGAAGUAGAGCGAGAAAUGAUGGAGUUGAAAUUGACCGUGAAUGGAGCAGAAGGAUCCGAUGAGGGUGCAGACGAGGGCGUAGAGGAGCUGGAGAACAUGAUGCUGAAAAUGCAGGCGAUCAAAGACAUGGGUGCCGACAUGCCCGAAUCAGAGAGAAAAAAGUUCGCGGCGAAGGCCGUGAGAGAUGUUAUGAGGGCACUUUAG